AGGGGACACGGCAGCCAGCGGGGGCAGGGCAUGGGGCCGACGGCGCAGAGCAGCAGGUGGGGCGGGCGAAGCAGCAAGCGGCGCGGCGCGGCGAGGCCCGUCCGCCGCCGUCACCUGCCCGGCCUACGGCAGUGGCUUCCUCGAGGAGAUGGGCGCGCGCCGACCUCCGCCGCGCCAGGGGCAAGGUGGCUGCCCUGCUACCGGAGUGGAGCGAGAGGCGGAGAUGAGGCCCAGGACGGCGAGCGCGCGACCGUUCUCGCGGCAUUGAACGGGGAGGAGGACAGCGGCGCAGGCCUCGCCGCGGCCGUGGCCCAUAGGUGAGAGGAGAAGGCGAUGAGGAGGAGGAGGAGGAGGGCAGCGGAGCCUCGCGGCAGCGUGGAGCAACGCCGGCGGGAUCGGGAUGGGCAAGGAGAGGGACACGAGGCCUCUGGCGGGCGGCGCAUGAGACCGGUGCGGGGGACGCGCGAGGCCGCUGGUCGGGCGGCGCGGAGACCGCUCGUGCAGCUCCCCAUCGGCGGGCGGCGGCGGCGGCGUCCUGUGCACGAGGCGCGUCGCAGCGCGGUAGCGACCGCGUCCAGGACCUGCUGCGCGGCGAAGCGAAGGCGGCGGAGCCCGGCUGGGGACCGGUGGUCCGGGGGCACGCCCAGGGCGAGGAGCUCGUGGAGGUCCGGCGGGAGCUGGACGCCGCCGAGCGUGGCCUCCUCGAGGUGAGCGAGAACCGCGGAGGGCGAGGGUGGUGAGGGCCGGCGAGCGGGGGCCGCGGCGCUGUGCGGGCGGCCGGCGAGCAGGGUGGGGCGCCAUGCGGGCGAGCGAGCGGCCGGCGGAGCGCAGAAGGCCGGCGCGCGAGCUGCGAAUGGCAGUUCGAUGCGGAGGCGGAUGAGCAGCAGACCGUGAGAUGGAUGGGCAGUUGACGUCGUUUCCUCCUCCGUGACAGAAUGCUAGUUUACGGCCGCGGGCCGCCGGAUCGUGGUGCUCGGCUGCUUGCCGCCGCCAGCUGAUGAGCCGAUGAGGCGCGUGUCCCCCGGUUGCUAGCCUUGCCGGCCGUCCAGCGCCGAGCCCGUCCCGUUCGUGUCCAGCCGGCACGCGAUGCGCCAGCGGUGGGGCGGCUGCUUCUCGGGCGGCGACGUCCGCGUGGGCGGGCGCCCGCUCGAGGAGCCGGAGCCGGAGGUCUUCUCCUUCGCCGAAUCCCUCCCGGCGUGGCCCCCAGGUGGGGGAUUCGCGCGCGGGAGGAUGCGCAUCGGCGGAGGGGAGCUGGAGCUCGCCGCGGCCACGUCGUUCCAGAAGAUCUGCACUCUGUCGUCGACGCGGCGGGGCGGCGGCGGCGGCAGCAGCACCACCUUCUACCGGCCGGUCGGCGUCCCGGAAGGGUUCUGCCUCCUCGGGCACUACUGCCAGCCCAACUGCCGCCCGCUCCACGGACACCUCCUCGUCGCGAGGGCGGGCGCGCGCCCGGCCGGCGCCCCGCCCCAGCCGCCUCCGCUCAGCGCGCCGCGGGACUACGCGCUCGUCUGGGAGUUCCGCGCCGGUGGUGUCGGCAGUGGCAGCCGUGGCGGCGAUGCCGGCUCCUGCUACGGCCUCUGCGACGCCUACUUCUGGGUCCCCGUGCCGCCGGAGGGGUACAGGGCGCUCGGGUGCCUCGUGACGACGGAGCCACGGAAGCCGCCGCUCGACGAGGUGGCCUGCGUCCGCGCGGACCUCACGGAGGAAUGCGAGCCGCAUGGGUCGCUGCUCCAACUGCAGCUCGCGCGGCCGCCGUCGGAGUCCUGCGCGCCGGCUUUCGCCGUGCGGGGCGUGAGGCCGGUGCACCGGGGGAUGUGGGGCAAGGGAGUGGGCGCGGGCACUUUCUGCUGCGCCGCGGACGGGACCGCCCCGCGGGAGCAGGGCAUGGCGUGCCGGAGCAACGUCGAGCUGGACCUGUCUGCGAUGCCGACGCUGGAGCAGGCGCACGCCGUGAUCCGGCACUACGGGCCCACGCUCUUCUUCCACCCCAAGGAGGUGUACCUGCCGUCGUCCGUCUCUUGGUUCUUCAAGAACGGCGCCGCGCUGUACAGGCGGGGCGGGGACGGCGCGGGCGAGGAGGUCGACGGCGAGGGGUCCAACCUCCCGGGCGGCGGGUGCAACGACGGGGAGUACUGGAUCGACGUCCCCGGCGGCGAGCGGGGCCGCGCCGUGUGCUGCGGCAACAUCGACAGCGCGGAGCUGUACGCGCACGUGAAGCCGGCCAUGGGCGGCGCGUGCACGGACGUGGCCAUGUGGGUGUUCUGCCCGUUCAACGGCCCGGCGCGGCUCAAGCUCGGCCCGAUCAGCCUCCCGCUGGGCAAGACCGGGCGGCACGUCGGGGACUGGGAGCACUUCACGCUCCGCGUCAGCAACCUCACCGGCGAGCUCAUGGGCGUGUACUACUCGCAGCACAGCGGCGGGCACUGGGUGGACGCGUCGGCGCUGGAGUACGCCGACGGCAACCGGCCCGUGGUGUACUCGUCCAGGAACGGGCACGCCAGCUACGCGUACCCCGGCGUGUACCUGCAGGGCUCGGCGGCGCUCGGUAUCGGCAUCCGCAACGACGCCGCGCGGAGCCGGCUGUUCGUGGACUCCAGCGCUAAGUACCGCAUCGUGGCGGCGGAGUACCUGGGUGAGGGCGCCGUCGCCGAGCCGCAGUGGCUGCAGUUCAUGCGGGAGUGGGGACCGAUGGUGGUGUACAAGUCGAGGAAGCGGAUGGAGUGGAUGGUCGGGCGGCUGCCACUCCGGAUCAGGUGCCGAGCGGAGAACAUGCUGAACAAGAUGCCCAACGAGCUGUCCAGGGAGGAAGGACCAACAGGGCCCAAGGAGAAGAACAACUGGGAGGGGGACGAGAGAUGGUAGAAACAGGGCCCCAGGAUUUGUGUGUGGCUAUUAUUAUUGGCGUGCUUUGUUGUACUACUGAGAUGAUUGUGCUAGAACUAGCGAACGCUUGAAAUCAGACUGUCGAGUGCUUGAAAUCAGAUUGUUUGCAACAUAACAGUUGAAUGCUCGAAA